AUGAAAUGUGAUGCUGCUGAUUUUGUUUCAAAGUGUUUAAAUUGCCAACAAGUUAAAGUGGAACAUUUGAGACGAAGUGUCACCUCCCAAGAGAUAUCUUUGCCUAUGUGGAAGUGGGAGAUGAUUAAUAAGGACUCUGUCAUGGGACUUCCAAGGUUCGGAAAUAAAUAUGAUUCCAUUUGGUCAAUGGAGAAGGUGAAAAUCAUUAGAGAACGACCAAUGAAAGCUCAGAGUCAUCAGAAGUCCUAUGCCGAUGUUAAAAGAACAGAGUUAGAAUUUGAGUGUAUUGGGGAUCAUUCCUUGGUGUUGCCUAAAGAGGAAAUCAAUGUGAAAGACUCUUUGACAUAUGAAGAAGAACCCGUUGAUAUUCUGGAUUGUCAAGUCCGAAAGCUAGGAAGCAAGGAAAUAACUUUGGUUAAGGUGCUGUGGAAAAAUCAAAAAGUUGAGGAAGCUACUUGGGAGUCAGAGAAUGAUAUGCGUGCAAGAUACCCAAAUCUUUUUGAUCUGGUGAAUGACAAAAUAGAAGUGUUCACGAGUACUAGUCAGGAAGGAAGCGCCCGAGCCUUUAAGGUUAGGGAUGCUCAUCGCAGCUAG